UUGUCUGACAACAAAAUUUCAUUUAAUUCUACAACCGAAAAAUAAAAAAAAUUCAGAAAUCUCUCCACAAACAAUGACCACCAAAGUCUCCAAUUUCUCCGAUCUGAUCCAGCGCGUCACCGCCUCCUGCCUCCUCCACCCCCUCGCCGGCAUCUCCCGCGCCGACGACCUCUCCGACGCCGCGGAUGACGACGACGACGACUACUACAACGCCAUCGCGGAGGAGGAAGACUUGGAGGAUGAAGAAGACCUAAAAAUCAAUUCCGAUUGGGGCGGCGGCGAGAAUCCGCCGCCGAGGACAGCGGAGGUGGAAAUGCUGAUGAGCCAGGUGUUCGACGCGGUGUCGGUGAUGAAGCGGGCGUACGUUAGCCUCCAGGAGGCGCACUGCCCUUGGGAUCCGGAUAAGAUGCGCAUCGCUGACGUGGCGGUGGUGGCGGAGCUGCGGAGGGUGGGGCUUCUGAGAGAGAGGUUCAGGCGGAGCGUGAGCGGCGGCGGAGGCGGCAGGGGAGGGCGGUGGGGAGUGGGAGCGGCGACGCUGAGGGAGGUGGUUGCGCCGUAUGAGGCGGCGGUGGAGGAAUUGAAGAAGGAGGUGAAGGUGAAGCAGGCGGAGAUUGAUAAUCUGAGGGAAAAGCUCAAAACGGCGACGUCUUUCGACCGUGUGAGCAGCAAGUCAAAGGGAAAGUCCAAGAGGCGAGUCAGCUGCACCACUCAAGUGGCAGCAGCUCCAGCAGUAGAGUUAUUUGAAUCAACAAUGGGCUUAGUAAAAGAAGCUUCAAAAGCCUUCACAUCACUGCUCCUCUCCCUCAUGCGUUCAGCGCACUGGGACAUUGCGGCAGCAGUUCGUUCCAUCGAGGCUGCGUCUUCCACCAACGCCACCAUGAACAACCCCACCGCCACCACCACCUUCACCGACUCCAUAGCCGGUGCCAGCCACGCAAAGUACGCCCUAGAGUCGUACGUGAACCGCAAGAUCUUCCAAGGGUUCGACCACGAGACGUUCUACAUGGACGGAAGCCUCUCCUCGAUACUCAACCCGGAUCAGCACCGCAGGGACUGCUUCACCCAGUACAGAGACAUGAAGGCGAUGGACCCGGUCGAGCUCCUCAGCAUUUUGCCUACUUGCAGCUUUGGCAACUUCUGCUUCAAGAAAUACCUCUCCAUCGUGCACCCGAAGAUGGAGGAGUCGUUGUUCGGGGAUCUGGAGCAGCGGCGCCAGGUGCUGGACGGCCACCACCCGAGGAGUCAGUUCUAUGGAGAGUUCCUCGGGCUGGCUAAGGCAGUCUGGUUGCUGCAUCUGCUGGCAUUCUCCCUCGACCCACCUCCGAGUCAUUUUGAGGCGAGUAGAGGGGCCGAGUUUCAAUCGCAGUACAUGGAGAGUGUGGUUAGGGUUUCCAGUAGCAACGGAGGAUCCAAGGUGGGUAUGGCGAUGGCAGUUGGGUUUCCAGUGAGCCCCGGUUUCAAGGUCGGUAAUGGCUCGAUAAUCAAGGCUAGGGUGUACCUGGUGCCUAAGAAUUGAAGACAACACUGUGGUUUGUGUUUUAGAAUAAUUUAGCUAUCUAUUGUUGUAGAACUCUUCCUUUUUUUUUUUUGCUUCGGAUUGUGGUAAUAUUUUGGGUUGCUAGAUUAUAUAUCACGAUUAUGAUCAA